AUGUGCGUCGUGCGGUCCAUUAGAAGUCGUGAGUCUGAGGCGGCUCCCACCGCACGGUUUUUCUUUUUCUUAUAUUAAUUCUGUUCAAAGUUGUUCCAAAGAGAUGCCUAAAAUUUCAGUAGCACAGCCUCGCGAGAAACACUAACCCAGAAAACAACUGAACUCAUUUCCGCGGCAACCACCCGUACCUGUGAAGGAGGAGACCAUCAUCACCGAAAAAGCGGAGACUUCAUCCCAAGAAUCGUCUGGCUUCCUCUCUUUCAUCUUCUACGUAAGUUUUGUCUGGACGAUUUCCGGAGCGCAGUCUUCGCAGUGCUCGGUGCAUGUUUGGGUGCUGCCGCGGUGGGUCUCGCAGUCGCAUCUCGGCGGUCGUCGCGAACUCUCUUCCGCCUGUACUCUCAUCGCUCUCCAGGUGUCCAGAGACCUCCAGAGGUUCCUUUUUCAAGUACAAAAGUUUUUAACGAAAAAAUAGCAAAGGGUAGACCUCGAAUAUCAAGCUUUACCAAUAUCUAAAUCACUUUAAAAGGAAUAGUUAGAUUUGAAGAAAAAUGAUUCAAAUGUUCUAUUCUUCCCUUUUUUUGUACGUAAAAAGGAGAACUGCCAAGAAAAAUUUUUCUUGGCAGUUCUCCUUUUCACGUACAAAUUUGAACCAGAUGGACAUUUCAAAAUCAAUCAAAAAAAUAGAAGAAUAUCCUGAAAGUCUCAGCAUGCACAAGUUCGUGUUUUUCAAUAACAUUUUUCAUCCAAUAAGAGAAGCUAAGCCAAUUUCGAAAGAAAGUCUAAGGUUUUAGUAAAUUGACCAUUUUGUGAACUUUGAUACUUUUAAAUGAAAAAAGACUAUUUCGCUUCAAUCUGUAUUUAUAUUUUCGAGCUAUGAAAUCUUGAAAAAAUUUUGAGAGUUUCAAAUUUUUUAUAGAUUAAUUCAAAACAAGGCUUCUAUGACAAGUAGCCUCGAUGCUUUUUGUAAAAAAAAGGAAUCGUGUUUUCUAUAUUAGCCGCGUUUUCAGAAUCCGUUAUCGCCUGCCUACUCUUGCGUCAUCUUUAGAGAAGGUCUUCAGAAUCGCUGACACUCUGUAUUGGCUGUUUUUACAGGGUAUAGAACUACCGGAAAAGCUGCUGCGAGCCCUGACUGACGCCAUCGUUGAUGCCAACGAGACUCACGGUGAACAGAUGCAGAUGAGAAAGUGAGCGGCUCCGAAGAUACUGAAUCUUGUGCGUCACAUUUCAGAGCGAAGUUUUUCAGUCGCAAGGAGGACACUUUUACCAUUCCUGAUGUAACGUUGUAUUGUUUCCAAAAUGAUUUACAUCUGAAACUAAGGCCCUGAACGUUCAUUGUCCCGAAAUGACCGAAAUUGACUACAAGACCUACUCAGGCGGCGCCAUGUCCGAAGUCCUCGCAUUUGCGAUUCGCUGUGCAGUUGAAAAGUUUUUUUUAGAAUCGAUUUCUUGGUUCUUUAUUUAAAGCUGUUAGUUGAUUUUAUUUUUGAUUUUGAAAAAGUUCUUACAGAGGAGGUUUGAAGUGUGAAUUGAAUAUUUAUAUGGGCUUUUUCGAAGGCUCCCUGAAAGGCUAGACUAGGAUAGCAACUAACAGCGCAAAAGGGUCAUGAUACGAUGAUAAUCGAGAAUUUAGAAAAAUCAGAUUUCCGAAAUUACAAGUUUGCGCGGGCAGCGACUAGGACAGAGCUUCCUUCAGAGUGUGUUUGAGCACGUUUAUAUCCAAACUUCGUCCUGGAUUUUCUUUCUUUUUUCUGCUAUUUUCUUUCAAAAAAGCUCGCUUGGAAAAAAAAACAUGGAAAGAAAUGUUUGAAAUGAGAACCUUGCGAGCCGGACGUUUCUAGGAUCACUAGAAGUGCUCAGAAACGUCCGGCGUUACCGAGGUUCGAGUGUUUCCAUGGAGCUGUUUGACCUGCUUGCAGCUGCGGACAGAAGUUGAACAGACGACUCGUCUGCAUGGUGAUCAUCUCCAUGCAGAGGGCCAUCUGCUGCGUCGUCGACCGCGCCGCCAACUCGGUCUGCGUCGUCGACAGCCACUUCCACUACAAGGCCUCUAGCGGUGCCUUGAGCCCCUCCGAAUUCAGAAAUCCAUAUCUUCUCAGGGGCCAUGAUCUUGUCGGCGAACCUGAACAAGCUGGAGAGUCUGACGACCGUCGUCGAGAAGCUCAUUUUCCCUGAAAUCGGAACUUCUUAUCGCGGGCCUAUGGUUUGAUUUAUCAUUAACACACUUUGCAUUUCUUUCUUUUCGCAGUUCUUCGAAAUUUCCUGUGUCGUCACUCCAACUGCUGAGGAUCCGAAACCAGCGAAAAUGAGGGGAAAAGUUUGUAACUCAUCUGUUUUUGAAAAGAAAAUCUUUUUCAGAUCUUCAAGUCCUACAAGGCUCUGAACUACGAUAGCGGCUACGAGUCCAGCGACUGA